GGAAGUGACGCUACCCCGCUGCCCAAAAUGUCGGCGCCCAGAGGGAGGUAGAGAGGCCCCACCCACCACCGCCCUCCCAUCACCAUGGACGACACCUUGCUGCCAGCGCCCCCGACCCCCGCCCCAGCUCCCACACCAGCCCCAGCCACACCUGCGGCUGCCCCCCGGGUCCCGUUCCACUGCAGCGAGUGUGGCAAGAGCUUCCGCUACCGCUCAGACCUGCGGCGCCACUUUGCACGGCACACAGCGCUCAAACCCCAUGCGUGUCCACGUUGUGGCAAAGGCUUCAAGCACAGCUUCAACCUGGCUAACCACCUGCGCUCCCAUACUGGCGAGCGACCCUACCGUUGCUCCGCCUGCCCCAAGGGCUUCCGAGACUCCACAGGCCUCCUGCACCACCAGGUCGUCCACACUGGUGAGAAGCCCUACUGCUGCCUGGUCUGCGAGCUCCGCUUCUCGUCACGGUCCAGCUUGGGUCGUCAUCUCAAGCGCCAGCACCGGGGAGUGCUCCCAUCUCCUCUGCAGGCAGGCCCGGGCCUGCCUGGCCUGAGCGCGCCCUGCUCUGCCUGCUGCAACGUGGGGCCCUGCUCGGUGUGUGGGGGUGCGGGAGGGAGUGGUGGUGAGGGUCCGGAGGGCACAGGUGCAGGCCCGGUCAGCUGGGGGCUGGCUGAGGAGGCAGCGGCCGCGGCUGCGGCCUCACUGCCUCCUUUUGCUUGCGGGGCUUGUGCUCGGCGCUUCGACCAUGGCCGCGAGCUGGCAGCACACUGGGCGGCACACACUGAUGUGAAGCCCUUCAAGUGCCCUCGCUGCGAGCGUGACUUCAACGCGCCGGCGCUGCUUGAGCGGCACAAGCUGACGCACGACCUGCAGGGGUCCGGUGCACCCCCUUCGGCCCAGGCCUGGGGCGCGGGAGCUGUGGUGGAGCCUGAGGCUACCAGCGAGCAGGGUGCCCCAGAGGCGGGUGACGCGCCUCCAGCCUGGGACGACGGCCUGCCCCUGGGACCCGCGGGGGAUGGCGUGCCUGAGCUGGGGGCGCUAUUCCCCGAGAGUGGUGGUGAGGCCCCUGCGCCCCCGGCGGCCACCGAGCCUUCGGAAGACACCCUGUACCAGUGUGACUGCGGGACCUUCUUCGCAUCAGCCGGGGCCCUCGCUAGCCAUCUGGAGGCGCACUCUGGUCCUGCCACCUACGGCUGCGGCCACUGUGGGGCGUUGUAUGCGGCCCUGGCUGCCCUGGAGGAGCACAGGCGUGCCAGCCACGGCGAGGGCGAUGGCGAGGAGGCUGUAGCGGCCGCGGCAAUGGCCCCGGAGGGGGAGCAGGCGUCCGGGGAGCCUGCGUCGGGCUCGAGCCGGGGCAAGAAGAUAUUUGGGUGCUCUGAGUGCGAGAAGCUGUUCCGCUCGCCUCGCGACCUGGAGCGGCAUGUGCUCGUGCACACGGGCGAGAAGCCGUUCCCGUGCCUCGAGUGCGGCAAGUUCUUCCGCCAUGAGUGCUACCUCAAGCGCCAUCGGCUGCUGCACGGCACCGAGCGGCCCUUCCCCUGCCACAUCUGCGGCAAGGGCUUUAUCACGCUCAGCAACCUCUCGCGCCACCUGAAGCUGCACCGGGGCAUGGACUGAAACGGCUGCUUGGCCUCGACCUACCCAUUCCGAGGCACCGCACUCAAGGCCCAGGCCAGAGGACCUCCCAAAUCUAGACACAGGCCCUGAGCCGAGGGGACCCUUGCUGGAGAGAUGGGGCCACCAACACCGAUACAGGCCCCUGAGUUAGGGGGACCUGGACACACAUGGGGACCGCAAAUAAACCAAGAGACUCCUUAGCAAGGGAGUACUGGAAUAUAAGAGUUAGGGGCCCCCAAAACUAUGGAGAGACUCCUGAGCUUGAGGCCCCUGGAAUGUGGAGCAGGGCACCCCCAAAUCAACAGGCCCCUAGGCUGGGGGAACUUAGGAACGAGAGCCGGGUCCCCCACAAGCACCCCCUCAUCUUGAAGGCCCUACUAAUAAAAGACGGCCGCGCCCAAGGGAAGACCACCCAACUCCCUGUGAGCCAUCAUUCCCAAUGACCUUGGUCUGGAGAAUGUGGAAGGGCCAUAUCCUGAAAUUUCCCUGGUUUCCUCCCCUCCAAAUGCUACCCACCAGAGUCCCUGUGGUAGUGAUCCCAGAAAAUGGAUACCGCUGGAAUCUGCUUUCUCCCAUUUCAUUCCCUAUGCCUAAAGAGGACCAGGAUAGAUGCUCCCUGACACCUCUCCCUUCAGAUUAGGUCUCCUUCUCCUACUGCAGAAUGGGGCAUCCCUAAAGAUCUUCCCCACCCCCGAACACUAAAAUAGGCUGGCUCCAAGUCUCCCUGCCCAGUAGAAUGACUGGUCUAGGUACACACACCCUUGUCCACUUGGAAUGGACUGGUCCAGGUGGUGUCCAGCGCCCCACCCUCCUUAGACCGAAUCAGGCAGACACUCCUCCCCUUCCUGUAGAGUGGACCGGUCCACGUGGCUACCCAACCUGUGAACUUGUCUGAGGGGGGAGGGUCUGGGCGUUGGUGCUGCCCUCCUGCUCUGCGGUAGCACCUGUCCCUCUUUCCAUCUCUGUCGGUUUGUUUCUGUGUCCCUCCCAACCCCAAGGGGAAGGGGGGCUUGGUUAGGGUUUCCGCCUCCCCUCCUCCGUGAGCCUCAACCUCACCCCACUCCCCAAUGUCUCCAGAACCCCAAUAAACCUCGUCCUGUCAA